AUGACCACCGAUGCUAUCGAAUCGAAGCCCCGCAAGGCUAUGAAUCCAGACCGACUUCGCAAGUUCAUCGACUCACCUAGCGUUGCGAAUGCCUCCCGGAACGUCCCAAUGGCGAUUGUAAAGCGCCAAACGCAGAUCACUUCCUGGAAUGGAGAGCAGUGCGACGUCCGAGCCUUCGAGAAGUUCGCACCAUCAGCACAUAUCAUUCCUUCAAGAGACCUCCGCUCUUGUGCAAUAGGCGAAGGAAAACCCGUCGCAUUGGUACCCAGCGGCUUGCAGAUCAACGAUGUCGCCCAUCGGUUAUCAGCGCCGUUGAUGCUCAAGAAAGAAACAUUAGCUCAUGCUGCAGAGAUUGAACACCGUGCUGUUCCUGGAUCGGUGAUGCUCAAAGAAGGUAUCAUGACUCCACAACAACGACGAGAGCGACUGCAUUAUGAGACGGACCAUCUUCAUGCCAAGCGUGCCAUGCAUCGCGCUGAUAUGAACGCUCGCAGACUUCACCAGAUCAUGUACGAGCGACACUCGACGUGUGAUGUGAUAGGCACACAACAUGGUACUCCUGAAGCAACAAGACUUCGUGGAGAAACCUACAAAUCCGAUUUAUUAAGUCACAAUGCAACAGGAGCUUCAGGUCGCGAGUACCAGAGCAAAAACUGCAAGGCAAAUCCUCGGUUACAGCACCACGACAGGCUCUUUACCGAAACACCACUUGACUGGAACCAGCAGAGAGCCCAAAACUUACGCAAUCAAAGCACCGCAGGACGCUCCUUUGACAUUGUGAACGGCGGCCGAGUGGAGCAUUAUCUUCCGACGAUCCCCGAGAAGCAACAUCAGUGGCAAACACACCCAUCCGUGUCCAUCCACCCAUACACUCGCUAA